CGAAUCUUGGUUUAUGAGAUAGUCCAUCCAGACACAGAAGAAAUCUGAUCAGUGGAAAGCCAGGAAGAAAUCAGCAGCUCACUGCUGAUACUGCAGUGAACUGGUCCUGUGGAGAUGAAUGGUAUUCCUUGUCCUCAAGGCACAGCAGAUGAAACAAGCUGCUUCUCUCUACAGCUGGGAAUUGCUGAAGGUUAAGCUUAUUAAAUUUGGAGACUUGCUGAGAAGGGAAUGAAGAGCUCACCCAAAGGCAAAAAGUCAGAAAAAGGUUCCUGGGAGAAGAAAGCCGAGGGGAGGAGAAAAUGGCAGGCUGCACCCUGCUCUGGCAAAACAAUGUCAUCAUCCUCCUCUAGGACUAUGUUGUUGGCUGGAGGAGUCUCCACUCCAGACACUGCACUGUACAAAAUAAAUAUCAUAUAUUGAAUAAAAAGUGGAAAUACAUCCCAAGCAGACAAAGAGGUUCCUCCUAGACCUAUUGGUAUGUCUUACCAGGGAUCUAAUUCUGAUGCCUUUCUGUCUGAUACAUAGGAUAUAACUACUUAAUUAAGUGAGCAGAUAGUAGUAACCAUUUUGGACGUGUGAAGCAAAGAAUGCAUUGUAAUACGGUAUGUUCCAAGAAGCUGGUGUUCCUGCAGUAGGAAAUUAUCUGUCAUUAUGGAAUUGAGAUACAGUCUCAAGCUUUUUUUAUUCUGCAGUAGCAUUUAAGUGUAGUGAUCUGGAACAGCUGCUUAAUUUGUUUACAGCCAGAAGUACAUUUGCUACAUGCACUGAGAUUUACAAACAAAGAAUGAUAAUGAAGGUAUAUUUUUCAUCUUGUUUUCAGAAAAUAUUUAUAUUGUUUUGAGCAUUUAAAGAAGUUUUCAGAGUAUGCAAAGCAUUAAACAAAACUGAAGAAAGAGAACCUGCAAAUCUUCACAUUUUACUUGAGUAAUUUGAAACUCUAAGGACUUACAAAGAAAGAAUGUAUCUUGGUGAAAAAAGCAGGAAAAGAAAAGGCACUGCUACAUUUCCUCUGUGCAAACUGCCUUUUUAAAAAAUGGACUAGUCCAACCACAACACAAAUUCUAUGGAAAGAGCAGAAGUGACUGAUGUCUUUGCAUCCUAGAAAGCUUAAAAAAUGACCACAGAGGACUCUGCAAGGUGCACGCACAACAGGUAUAGCUGCUGAUAGCCCAUUUAGUCAAGUUGGCUGCUGAGAUGGGCAAUAAUAAGUUCCAUUGCUCAAAGAAAUAGGUACAGUUUUCUUUCUGAACAACACAAUGCAAUUUCAAGCUGCUCUCUGCUGCUGACUGAAAUGCUCCGAUGUUUGACAGUAUUUACUGUGUACUUCAGUCUCAGUAAGUAUCUGUCUAUCAAUCUGUCUAUACAUUGUGGAUCACCUUUUAUCUUCCUUAUUUGAAGCUAGAGAGGUGUAAAUGAAGCAGGUGACAUUUAGAUUUUUGUUGUUGUUUGUUUUUGUUCACAACUGUCUAUAUCUGAAUUAUCUUUAAAAAAGAAGAAAAAAUCUCUGACUUUUUCACAGGCAUUGUCAAUAGGAAGAGGCCAUCCAACCCUGAACAUUGCCCUUUGACACUUUAUUACAAGCCACUUGUGAAUCAUACACUACCGAUUAUAUAACAGGGCUUAUAUACUUAUGUGCCUGUACAUAGUUGUUCAAGGAAACCACAACAUACUCUCUGCUGUCGUUUGGAUCACUUGUACGAUAACAUACUUCAUUUGGAAUGCACUGGUGCAGCAGUAUUUAUAACUUUUGGAAAAAAAUAUAGGUAAAACAAUUUGACCACUCAAGGUUAAAAAAAAAAAUAGGAAUGAACUCAAGUUGAGAUAGAAGGGAAAGAGGGAAAGACCUCUGAAUUGUGAUAAGAGCAGUUUCCUAAUUUGUGUAAAGUAAAAGAGGAGAAAAGAGCAUGCACUGAAAAGAGCAUGCACUUGGUUCAUACAUACCUGCCUGGAUACACUAACAGGAAAAUUGAUCUAUUUUCUGCACUUAUUCCUACAACUGAUUUUAAGAAAAGGCAAUGGAAUAUGGGUCCUCACAAAAGCUCCCCAUUUAUAAUUUCUUGAACAGACGUCUCACCUACAGCUGGCAGGCAGCUAGCUGCCUCUGAACUGUUUGACAAAGCAUGCCCAGACUAAGCAGAGAUUUAUAGUAAGCCUCUUUGGUGGAGCAGCUCACUUAAAGCAUUUCUCUUUUUUGAGGAUGGGAAUACAUUCCUGAUGCACUGGACUUGCCAUUACGUCCUUCAAACAGUAAAUGUCCUUUGACCCUUCAGGAAUACUCCAGCACCAUUCACAAAACCUGGUUGUUUUUCAUGCAUCUCAGGCUCAGAAAGUGAACUCCACUUGUCCAAUGAAUUUUAACACGCUGCCCUUGCUAAGAGAUGCUGUCUGCCUGGAUGUGGCAGGCACUGCGGUACUGAGCAUGCUGGGUCUAACUUUCCUCAGGCCGGGUUUGCAGAUACUCCAAAAGCAAAGCCUCACUAACCAGCUAAGCUGUGCUGUUUUGUGGAAGCUGAGAUAUCAGAGAUCUGAAGACAAUAAAAUAGAGCUGCUGUGAAGUACAUUUCUGCUUUGAAUUUGGUAUGACAUUCUUGACCUAGAUGUCUUCAUGUGUCUGUUAAAAAUAAAAUGAUAAAUAAUGAUUAAAAUUGGGUGUGCCACAAAUAUGAGUACUUUUUCUAGCAUUGUUCAGUUCACUAGGGUUUUGUUGGUUUUGUUUGUUUGCUUGUUUUAUAUAACAGUUAAUAAAGAGAAGUCUGGUUGCAUGGACUGAAUGUGUUGCAAUCAGCUAUUUAUACACAGUUUCAUAACAAAGUUUCAUUUAGACAUAAAAGAGGAAGCAAGUCAAGCGUAUUGACGUUCAGUCAGUUAUAAAAACCCCUCAUCUCCUAAGGGACUUUCUUUCUAUACUUCGGCACUAUAGAGGAUUAGAAGUAAAACACGUCAUCUUAGAAGUGCAUUUGAAAAGGAAAUUAAAACAGAAGGUUGUGUUUUAGGGUAGGACAGAAAGCUUUAAACUGACUGCAAGACAACCAGUAUUCUGUACUGAUCUGCUGCUGAUCUUCAGAGGGUAAGCAAGAGAAGGGAACAGCCUUUGCAUUGCAGAAGGAAAAGGAGGAGAGGGAGGUGGGCUUACAACCUGAGCAACUCAAGCACUUGGGAUGCUGUCAGAAGGUUACCUUUACAGAAUUGCCUACCUCUAUGAAGACUCUGAGCUCUGCACCAACCAAACAGUGGAGGAAGUGGUGUAUGAAAUGAGGUCCAUUAAUUGUUCCUCCAGGGAUGAAGCACAAGGAAAAAGCCUCCUUCAGAGAUGCAGAUCUGCUGGCAAAUGCAUUUCUUCAAUUCACUCUAGAGGAAGCAAACAUAGCAGAAGGCAGAAAGACAAACUCCAACAGCCCAUGCAGCCCCCACUGCCUGAAGGGCAGGCAUCUCCAGCUAUGGAUGUCUGUGAAGGGCUGGCAAGAAGAGACACCUACCUGGUUCCAUCCUCCUGCAAAAGCAUUUUCAAGAACUACAGUGAUUUGCACAUAGCUGGGGACUGCGUGGUGCCUAUCAGCUCAGUGGCAACCGAUUUUACCUGUGACAGUGGCAUAGGCCCCUUCCUGGAGUCCUCAGAGAUUCCUCCACCUAUGGAGUCCAUGCGGGUCCCCCCUAGCGAGACAGGCCGCAAGCAGGCUCAAGGCUUCUCAUCAUGCUGGCGUGUGGCAAGCUUGGUGCCACACCAGCAGCCCCUCUCUGACUCGGCCCUCAACGACUACCUGGAGCAGAAGCUGAUGGAGCUGUACAAGCAGUACAUCAUGGACAGCACAGCCAACAGGGCAUCCCCCACACAGAUCCUGGCCUCAGAGCUCAUAAUGACUAAUGUAGACCAAAUCAGCACACAGAUAUCACGAGAGAGGAAAAUGGAGACCACCAAGGCCAAGGACAUUGUCAUCAGCCGCUUCUUGCAAAUAGCCAGUGAACAAAUAUUCUCAGAAAUUAGCACGCCCAGUCUGCAUAUUUCCCAAUAUAGCAACACUAAUGCAUAGUAUUAGAAUGUCUGCAGCUAGAAAGCUCUUACGUUCUGAAACCUCAAUUGUUAGUUUUUUCUUUUAAGACAUCUUUCUCCUUCAUAAAAAUGUAUUUACUGUCUACCAGUUAAACCUUCCAGCACAUAUUAAGUAAAAAUAUCUGUACUGCACAGAUGUCCCUCUAUCACGUGCCAGAUGAUUUAUUGUUAAAGAAAAAGAAAAGUAUUCCCAAAGACUUAUUUCAAUGAGCCAUGGACAUUAAAAAUAUUUUGGUAGAAAAAUGACUAAGAGUGUAUGACACUCUUCCAGGUGUUCUCCUUAUUCCCCCUUGCCUGACAUCUCAUUUCAACUUUCCUUCCCUGAAAUCUGCCUUACUACCUGAGGGCCUGCAAGAAGCUAUGACUUACAACACUGAAAGCACAGGGAUUGCAGAGCCACAGAAAUAGAGAAUUCAGUCUGGCCCACCUUCUGCCCCAAACAGCUUCACUUAUGUCACCCCUUCAUGUGUUUUUAUCAUUUGUUCUUAAUGUUAUUGAGUGAUAGGCACUUCAGAGUUUUUUCUAUACUAACUCUAAUUAUUCCAUUGGUGUCUUCCUAUUAAAACAUUUCUGCAAGCAAAAACUCUUUCCAGACAGACCAGUGGGAUCAUGCAUGUGUAGCUGUACACUUAAGUGUAUGAACUGAACUUCUACGGUAAAUGCUGGUGACCUGUGUCUAUGCCAGACAGAUACCAUACUGGUCAACAGCCUAUAGGCCUGCAUCUGUGGAGUGGCCACAUGGGGAUAGUGGUGAUAAUAAAAUGAAUUCUACUUCAUCUUUUCCUCUUUUUAGGAGAAUUUCAAAUUGAAAAAUAAAGGCUAAGUCAAAGCUUCAGUGAUUAGCGUGGACAAUUCCUUUGACCUUUGGUCAAGCUCAACUGAACCUAAUAUAUUUCUAAUAUAAAGGUCUUUUUCUGUAAAACUUCAGCUCUUAAGAAAAAGAAAAUAGUAAUUUGCUGCCUCAUGGACAAUGAUGGUUACCUGAUUUGAUAUGUAAACACACUGGUAAUGCCAAUCUAUGAUUGGCUGAAUUUCCAAGUGUAAGUAUAAUGUAAAUACUAAUUUAUAAUAAAUAUUCAUCAGAUGUUUUUAUGUCAGUGAUUUAA